CUGGAGGAGAGCAUGGAAGAGCAGGAUAAGAAGCCCCCAGAGCCCCUGAAGACCUGUGCACAGGACUCUCUCCUUCCUCCAGAGAUUAUCGUCAAGGUCGAGAGAGAAGAUGCUGGGUCCCUGGCCCUUCCAUCCCAGGAAGGAGUGAACUUCAAAAUUGUGACUGUGGACUUCACUCAGAAGGAAGAGGGCACUUUGAACCCUAAUCAGAGGUGUGAUCCUAGAGAUGUGAUCCUAGAGAACUACAGGGACCUGGUCUCUUGGGACUUGGCAGUGGCACUUGGAAGAAGAGAAUCAACAUCAAAGCAGAACAUUUUUGAUGAUGAACCAUCCCGUGGAGUGAAGGUAGAAAGGUUGACAAGAGAUGAUCCUUGGUUAUCUUCGUGUGAAGAAGUUCAGGAUUGUAAGGACCAGUUGGAAAAGCAACAGGAAAAACAAGAGAGACUUUUGAAAGAAAUGGCAUUUACUCACAGGAAAGCGAUUACUUAUGAGAGAGUCCAUAAAAGUGAUGAACUUGAAGAGAAAAGUGGUCUGAAUUCCAGUCUUCUUUCACCCCAGAUGAUACCCAUAAGAAACCAUUUUCAUAAACAUGCCUCACAUGUUAAAAAAUUGCAUUAUAAUUCCAUUGUAAACACUAAUGAGACGAUUAAUGACAGUGAGAAACUCUGUGAGAAUAAUGAAUGUGGAAACCCUCACCAGAACAUUCACCUUAUUCAGUUAACAAGAACUCAAACAGAAGAUAAAUCCUAUGGAUUUAGUGACAGUAUUCAAUCUUUUAGCCAUGAUGUACCCCUAAAUAUGCAUCAGAAAAUACACGCAAGAGGAAGAUCCUUAGAUUUUAAGGAAUGUGGGCAAGUUUUGAACCACAGUAUAUCCCGUAAUGAACAACAGAGAAUACCUGUUGAAGAGAGUCAAUAUAACUGUAGUCAAACCUCCCAGAGUUCAUCUCUUGCUCAAAACAUGAGAAACCAUUCUGAAGAGAAACCCUUUGAAUGUAAUCAGUGUGGGAAAUCCUUCAGCUGGAGUUCUCAUCUUGUUGCACAUCAGAGAACUCACACCGGGGAGAAACCUUAUGAAUGUAACGAGUGUGGGAAAUCCUUUAGCCGGAGUUCUCACCUUGUUUCUCACCAGAGAACUCAUACUGGAGAGAAACCUUACAGAUGUAAUCAGUGUGGGAAAUCUUUUAGCCAGAGCUAUGUUCUUGUGGUGCAUCAGAGAACUCAUACUGGAGAGAAGCCCUAUGAGUGCAACCAGUGUGGGAAAUCCUUCAGGCAGAGCUACAAACUUAUUGCCCAUCAAAGAACUCACACUGGAGAGAAGCCCUACGAAUGCAAUCAAUGUGGGAAAUCCUUUAUCCAAAGCUAUAAACUUAUUGCACAUCAAAGAAUUCAUACUGGAGAGAAGCCCUACGAGUGCAAUCAGUGUGGAAAGUCCUUUAGUCAGAGUUACAAACUUGUCGCCCAUCAGAGAACUCACACAGGAGAAAAACCCUUUGAAUGUAAUCAGUGUGGAAAAUCCUUCAGCUGGAGCUCUCAGCUUGUUGCACAUCAGAGAACUCAUACUGGAGAGAAACCCUAUGAAUGUAAUGAGUGUGGAAAAUCUUUCAACCGCAGUUCUCACCUUGUUAUGCAUCAGAGAACUCAUACCGGAGAAAAACCCUAUGAAUGUAACCAGUGUGGGAAGUCCUUUAGCCAGAGUUAUGUUCUUGUGGUGCAUCAGAGAACUCAUACUGGAGAAAAGCCCUAUGAGUGCAAUCAGUGUGGAAAGUCCUUCAGGCAGAGUUCAUGCCUUACUCAACAUCAAAGAACUCAUACUGGAGAGAAACCUUAUGAAUGUAAUCAGUGUGGGAAAACAUUCAGCUUAAGUGCUCGACUUAUUGUACAUCAAAGAACUCAUACUGGAGAAAAGCCCUUUACAUGUCAUCAGUGUGGGAAGGCUUUCAUUAAUAGUUCUAAACUUAUUAGGCAUCAGGCAACUCAUACUGAGGAGAAACCCUAUGAAUGUAACUAGUUUGGAAAUCUUUCAGCCAGAGUAUAUUUCUUUUUUUUUUUCUUUUCCUUUUUCUUGCGUUUCUUUCUCCUUUCUUCCUUCUUUCUUUUCCUUCUUUCUUUUUUUCUUUUCUCCUCUUUUCUUUCAAAUGUUAACCUUCUGUUAUUGUGUAUCUGGAAGUUCGUUCUGGAGAAGAAAGAAGAACAAUGAAUCACAUAUUUACUUCAACAAUUUUGUAUUAAAAAAUCAAACUUGGCCCCUAUGACACAUUGCCACAUAAGUAAUAAAUAUUGGCACUUUUCCUUGCAGAAAGCACUCUGACCGGAAUCUGAGGAAAUUACCAUGAAAUGGACAACUUACUGUGGAGUGAUUGCGAGUGAGGUAGACCUCUUUAACAAUAAAGAGUGAGAAUGC